UUACGUCAUAUAAAGCAUGGACUCUUUGAAGAUGUGUAUUCUAAUCCAAGUGAUAUUCUUUAUGCUUUGUUCAGCUCAGGGCAAAAACAUGUGGAAAGUCUUAAAGAAAUACAAAAACAAAUUGAAAAGCCGCAAAAAGACUGACCUUCCUAAAUCCCUCAAACUCGAAGUCAAGAAGUUCUUUAACGAGACACAUACAGAAUUCAUAAAGGAUGAAGGCGCAGGCGCUGAAUUUGAAUGUGAAACAGCGGUAUCUCGCUCUAUAUUUCGCCUAUAUCCCAGAGCCACCUAUCGCUGGGUUCGAAAUGAGGGAUUUUUAACAAUGGAACCAGAACGAAUGGUAUUCCGAAUGGGAGACCUCAUCAUUCAAGGAUUGAAGGCAACAGAUACCGGACUUUACUCGUGUAGAUUACAUUACACGAAGGGGAAGGUGUUAACAGUUGGUGUUUUUUCGCUCUAUGUAAAAUCACAGGAGUACCCCGAGACACCCGUGUAUGAAGGAAGAAAAAUCUCCUUACAGUGCAACAGUCACCUGUUGGGCUUAUUGUAUCCGAAAGCUGUCAGAGAAUGGUAUCUUAAUGGGACAAAGACACCAUUACAAAAAAUUCCCGCCAACCAAAAACACAAUGAUGUCAUUAAAAAGUCAACUGUCCACAUGCAAGGAAACUGGUCAUGUGUAGUUCGUGAUCCUGUACAUAAUUGGAAGUGGACGACGGCCUUUUAUCGUGUUAAAAUAUACCCUCCUCUGAAAGGAAUAGCUUUUAUUAUAGAUUUUGUCAAACACAACGUGAAAUUGACGAUUUUUCUUGUAAUUGGAUGUUUUUGUCUGGUAAUGAUGCUUACUGCUAUCCUCAUUGACAAACUGGAGCAAUGGAAGAAACGAAAAGAUAAACUACAAAAGAGAAUGCUCUACCAGUUCAUAGAAGAUAGCGGAAGAGGAUUUUACGACAAUAAUGAUAACCUCUGUUACACUGACGAAGAUGGAAAUGUGGUCGUCUGCAAAGUAUCUGAUGAUGAGUCAGACGAAGAAGGGAUGAUAAAAAGAAGAGUGAAGCAGCUAGGCAAAGCAGGGAAAGCAGCGUUAGAGAAGACAAAAGAUUUUAUAGAGGGUGAAGAUAAUGAUGAAAAUAAAAACAACGAUGCUAAUGAAAACGCCGCGGACUUGGACAGCACAUAUGAUGUUUGCUCGUCUAGUUUUGAGGACGAUAAACAUGUUUCCUUUUUUGAAGGGUCAUUGACAGAGGAUAGUUUUGAGACAAGCUUCAGUGAAAGUCGACCGCUAUUGUCUCACGUGAAUUGUGAUGUUUCCUUUAGUUAACAUAUAUUGUAAGUUUUUAUUAAUGGAAAAGAAGAUCAUUUUCUAAAUUAUGCAUUAUAUUUGGAUAUAGUGAUGUAAUACUCUUUGGAACCUCCUCUGUGUAAAUUUACACAUUCAUUAUAUUGUACAUUCUUUCAAAUGGAAAGUGAAAAU